UCUCCAUCUUCCUUGUUUGGACCGUGGUGUACAGACAGCCGGGGACGGCGGCCAUGGGGGGGCUCGCAGCUGGCUCCAGGAUCUUCGGGUGGUGGAGGAUCUCCGAGCUCAUCCUGUCCAGCCCCUCCAUGCCACUCCAGGUCCUCCAUGGAGUACUGAGCAGACAGAGGGCGGGUGGCGCUGUCCCAGACAAAUGCCCAUCUGACUGUCCUGGGAUGCACUCAGGAACAACAUGCCUUCUUCCUGGGGCCCUUUAAGGACUCACACACCAUCCCCAGAUGAACACUUAGGAUGCACGUGAGAGGUGUGCUGGCGCUGUGGGUGCUGGUGACGCAUGUGAUGUACAUGCAGGAUUACUGGAGGACCUGGCUCAAGGGACUGCGUGGCUUCUUCUUCGUGGGCGUCCUCUUCUCGGCAGUGUCCGUUGCCACCUUCUGCACCUUCCUUGUGCUGGCUGUCACCCGACACCAGAGCCUCACGGACCCCAACAGCUACUACCUCUCCUGUGUCUGGAGCUUCAUUUCCUUCAAGUGGGCCUUCCUGCUCAGCCUUUACGCCCACCGCUACCGGGCUGACUUUGCCGACAUCAGCAUCCUCAGCGAUUUCUGACCCACGGGGUGAGGCUUCUAUACCCUGGGAGUCCUCAGGACCUGGACUCAGCCUCUGAGACACUGGGCAGGCCUGCCGCACCCCCUGGACACCCUGGAUCUGCGGCAGAAGAAACACUGCAAGAGGACCGCGGUCUCCUAGGAAGCUGUCCUGUCCCCUUUGUGGGACACCUGGGUGUGGUGGAAAGGGGUCCUUCCUGCCAUGUUGCUCCUCAUCCGCCUGGCUGGAGGGCAGCUUUAGACCUUUUCAGAUGGAUCUAUUUUCUUAACACUCAGUGAGGAAUCUUUGUAAGCAGGGCCAGGGCAGUGAGUCGAGGGGUAGGGCAGUGAGCCUUGACCUCUGCCUUGGGGCACUCUCCCUCAGGCCAGGCUGAGAACCUGGGAGUCAAGUCAAGUAAGGGGUCUCUACAGGAGAUCUCCCAACCCCA